UUUGGCCAUCCCGCUACCCGUAGAAGAAUGUCAGCUCACUAGCUCGAGACUCCGCUUUACUUUUGUUUCUCAUCAUUUACGGCCUUUCUUCAAAAAUAAGUCAGUAUGGCUUUCCAAUGUCAGCGGGACUGCUAUAUGAAAGAGUUUGUCACAACUGUAGCGUCCUGCUGUCCUGCGGAGCUCAAGCAGGAAAUUGGUGGAAAGAAAGAAAGUGUGAGUGGAUUCACUGUCAAGCUGCAAGACACCAUCUUAUUCCCUGAGGGAGGCGGCCAGCCAGAUGACCACGGGCUCAUAACGGACAUCCCCGUUUUGAGGGUGACCCGACAGGGCCAAGACGCCGCUCACUUUGUGGCCUCGCCCCUGGAAGUUGGUCAGGAGGUGCGAGUGAAGGUGGACUGGGAGAGGAGGUUUGACCACAUGCAGCAACACUCAGGACAACAUCUGAUCACAGCCCUGGCAGAAAGCAUGUUUGGACACAUGACCACAUCUUGGGAGCUUGGACGUCAGAGAAGCACCAUUGAACUGGACACCCCUGUUGUUAAAGCAGCCCAAGUACAAGCACUGGAGGAAGCUGUCAAUGAGAAGAUCAGAGCUCACAUCCCAGUCAAUGUUAAGCUACUUUAUAAUGACAGCCCUGAGUUGGAAAAGGUGAGGAGUCGAGGACUGCCAGACGACCACGCGUGGCCAAUUCGAAUUGUUGAUAUCGAGGGAGUCGACGCCAACAUGUGUUGUGGAACGCACGUGUCGAACCUCAGUCACUUGCAGGUAAUUAAGCUGCUGGGGACAGAAAAAGGAAAGAAAAAUAAAACCAAUCUGAUAUUCCUGGCGGGAAACCGAGUGCUGAAAUAUGCAGAGAAGAGCUACAGCACCGAGCGUUCUUUGGUGGCUCUGCUCAAAACUGGCCCAGAUGAACACGUUGAGGCUGUGGACAAGUUGCAAAAGUCUAUGAAGCUUGUGCAGAAAACUAACUUGAACCUACUUCGUGACAUGGCCCUUCUCAUCGCUCACAACUUUAAGAAUGAUCCACGCAGAGGGAAUUUCUUCAGUUUGCACAGAAAAGAAGGGGACCAUGAGUUCAUGAACAUCAUCGUCAAUGAAAUAAACACACAGGAAACUUUGGUUUUCCUGACGGUUGGGGAGGAAAAGGGGCCAGGUUUGUUUCUGCUAGCUGGACCAAGUGAGCAAGUCACACAGUUGGGACCACGGCUGUUACAGCUGCUUCAAGGGAAGGGAGCCGGAAAAAAUGGCCGCUUCCAAGGCAAAGCCAACAGCCUGGCGCGAAGAGGGGAGGUGGAAGCUUUCUUGCAACAACGCUGCAACCAGUUUAACUUGCAAGAAGAAUAAAUCCAUCUUAACAUAG